CUCCUGUUCUUGUGGGCCAGUCACUCUUGAGAGCACUCAGAGCACCUUCUCUCUCUCUCUCUCUCUCUCUGUUCCUCUCUCUCUCUUGAUUUGCUGCAACCACUUUUCCUGCUUUAGAUCAACAUCCCUUCGUCAGAACCAUCUCUCUCUUAUUCUCAACGAGGCUCUAAAAAUCAGCUCUAGAAGGAAAUGGCUUCCAAACACAAGAUGGGCUACAAGUGUCGGAUAGCAGGAGUGAUGCUUCUCCUCUUGACCAGCAUCGCUGCCCUCGUUGCUGUUGCUGUUAUCCAGGACACUUGGAGGUUUUUAGAAUACAGCAAAGAGUACGGCAUAGUGAUAGACGCUGGCUCAUCUCGUUCCAAUGUAUACCUGUAUGAAUGGCCAGGAGCGAAGGAGAACGAAACAGGAAUAGUGACUGAAACAUUAAACUGUAAAGUUGAUGGUAAUGCCAUCUCCGACAUGAAGGUUAUCCCCGAGAUCGAAGAAAAGACAAUGGCAGGAUUUAGGAAAUGCAUGGACAUCGUCACUAAAACCAUUCCUCCAACAAAACACAACAGUACGCGCCUGUUUCUCGGAGCUACAGCUGGAAUGAGACUCCUGCAAAUGAAAGAUGCACAGAGGGCCAAUGACGUCCUGGUAAAACUCAGACAAUACCUGAGUUCCCUCCCCUUCAUGUUUCAAAAUGCUUCAGUCAUCACUGGGCAGGAAGAAGGGCUUUAUGGCUGGAUCACUGUCAACUACCUAAAGGGAAACUUGGUAGAGAAAAACGUGUGGAACGCAUACGUACGGCCGCAGGGAGCAAAGACUGUCGGCUCCAUGGAUCUUGGAGGAGCAUCAACACAGAUUGCCUUUGCGGUCCAGGAUGAUCUCAAGGGAGCAGACUACCUGCGUGUCAAACUGUAUGGCUACCCUUACAAUGUCUACACACACAGUUUCCUCUGCUAUGGCAAAAAUGAAGCUGGGAAGUUGGUUCUGGAGAAAGAAGUGCAGCAAUCAUCUAACCCCAAAAACAUAACAAACCCCUGCUAUCCUAAAGGUUUCAAUACUUCCAAAAAGGCAUCAUCAAUUUUUGAGUCACAGUGUACAAAGAAACCGCAAAACUACGACCCCAAUCAAGAGCUGAUCUUCUUUGGUGGUGGCGACUCAGACGGCUGUGGGAAAGUAGUGAAAUCCAUAUUUGAUUUCAAGACCUGCUCCUCGUCUCAGUGUUCCUUCAACGGGGUGGAGCAGCCACCAGUCACCGGAGAUUUCCUGGCAUACGCUGGAUUCUUCUGGACUGCCCUGGCUCUGCAGUUGAAUGGCACAUCAAACAUUAAUCACUUCAACACCUCAGUUAGGAACUUCUGCCACAAAAACUGGGCAACGCUGAACGCACAAAAGAACGUCAAAUUCAUCGAGACCCACUGUUACGCAGGUCAUUACGUCUUUACUUUGCUGGCGGAUGGAUACAAAUUCGACACAGACACCUGGAAAAACAUUAACUUUCAACAACAGGUAAAGAAAACUAAUAUAGGCUGGAGUUUGGGCUACAUGCUGAGUAUGUCCAACAUGAUUCCUUCCGAAGUGAAGAAAAUCCCUCCUAUGUCAAACCCCGUGUUUGCCGGCCUCAUCUUUCUAUUUUCGGCGCUAACAAUUAUGACUGUCGUCUUAGUUUUCAUCAUCUUCAUUCGCACCUGCUACUGAGAACGUAGGUUACAGAGGAAAUCACUGGCUAUUGAAAAGCCUGGGAACUGCUGUAAUUCUGCAAGAGGUUCGGAGAAUCCUACAGUUGCAUGUGCCAAGACGCCUGGACUGGACGUUAACAAUCAAAUGUGUUAUUAUUCAGGUUGAGACAUGAACUAGCUUUUAGUUUAAAAAAACAAACAAAACUGAAGAGCCUCAAAAUCAAUGCAGUACGUUGUGCUGGCAUCUUUGAGGGUUUUAGCUUCAGAUAAAAUAUGUAAAAGCAGCUUUAAAAAGCAUUAGACCACUCUUCAUUCUCUACCUCAGGGAAUCUUACAAAAAUUAAUGUACUUUUUUUAAAAUUUAGUUGACUGCGCUCAACAAAAUAGCGUUUAGUGUUUGUCUAAAUGGCACAAAAAUAUAAGAGCAUCCAUCAGUCUCCAUGUGCUUGUUCUUGUUGUGCAAUUCCCAAAAUGAGUCGAACGCCCGCUUUAGACCAGAGCAUGAGUUACUGUUUCUUUCCCUGCAUUUUACAUGUUAUAGCACUGAAAAUGGUAGCAAAUUGUUGUACUGUAGCUUUAAUGUAUUGUUUUAUAUUGUGUAUGGUCUUGCCAAACUUUAAGCGGACAACUAUAGCUUUUUUUGAAUUAACAUUUCCUUAAUAAAUGAUGCCGUUGUCUUAUUAUUUUCAUAUCAGUUUAAAAUUAUUUACAUACAACCUACUUAACUAAUUUGGUCAUCACAGAAAGUCAUUCAGUGCUACAGCAGUUCUACGUGCUUCUCUUGAUUGAACUAAAUGCAUCAUAGUCGUAUAUUGCUGCAGUGAGUUAUAAAAGGCUUGCAUUCUGAGCAAAGUAUUGUUGGAUAGUUGUACACAAGUGGUUCAUUCAGUUGUAUAAAUGGAGCAGUUGGGAAAAGAAAAAUUAAGCCCUGUUAGCAAUGACAAUCCAUUAGUGGUGAAGCACAUGGAUGGAUUGAUGGACUUGAAGCAGAGACACUGUUUUUACAUCCUGCUGAUUCAGCUGGUAGAUGAAACUGGCAACUGUUACAAAGUAAUAUUUUGGUACUUUCCUGGUUAUUUAUUAUUUCUUUAUAAAGAAAAGAUGAAUAAAAAUAAAGAUUUCAUGACAGUAAUUUGUUCACAGGAACAGCAAGUAUGAUGUAUGACUAAACUGCAUGAAUAAAACUCUCUCUUGACA